AUGUUGACGUUCGAACCAAUCAGUCGAAUAGCUGUUGUCAAAUGUUUGGGACCACGUUUAGUUUUGUUCUUUAAAACAUUUGCUUUAUUCUAUGUUCUUUAUCCGAAAUAUGAGUCGACUGUGGGUUAUUGUGUUUUUAAAUGCGCACCUAUUUUAUCACUUGUUGCGUUUGUUUAUAUGUAUGGGGUUAAGAUACCAAACAAUCAAGCCUAUUCUUUAAAAAUUUUCCUUGGUCUUCUAUUCUCUUGUCUAGGCGAUGCAUUUUUGGUAUGGCCUAGUCUUCUUAUUCCUGGCAUGGCUAUGUUUGCCAUUACACAUAUAUUAUACAUUUACGCAUUUGGUUUUCAACGUUUAAAACUAUCUAUAUUGUUCAUUUUACUGCCAAUACUUCUCUGUGUAUGUGUUUCUGUAAAAGAAGGACUAGACGGUAUCAAUACACUUGUUAUUCCAGCUUAUGGAUUAAUAUUAGUAAUUAUGGUAUGGCGUGCAUUAGCCCAAUUAACUAAACAUGAAUAUUCUAUACCAUGGACAUGUAUAGCUUCUGCCGUUGGUGGAUUACUAUUUGGUGUAUCUGAUACUAUAUUGGGAAUUUGUUUAUUCUCUAGUGAUAUAUCGUCAUUUAAAUGUAAUUUAAUUUUACCAACGUAUUAUGCUGGUCAGUUGUUGAUUUCUGUAUCUGUUGUUGAUAGUCAUUUAACAUCAAUAAAAACGAGUCCAUAUCAUGAAGAUAAAAAGCAGUUGUAG